GAGAUCAUAUGACUGAGAAGAAUAUAUCUGCCGCUGUAAUCAUAUCACUAUACAUCAUCCAGAUAGAAAUCAUUUUUCCUCGACACUGGAUAUCUUUGUUAUGUAUUCAAAGUCUUUCUUAUAUUCAACAAAAUAUUUUAACUCUGUGUGAACACAAGAUUUUUAAAAAAAUGUUAUAUUUCGAUAUGAAAUGGUUAAUUAGGUCCCGAAAAUGUUCAUCCCGGUCCCGAUCCCGAUCCCGGCGGGAUUGGGAUCCUGAACAAUACCUCAGUGACAUUGAAACCGGGAUCCCGAUCUCGAUCCCGACGAGAUUGGGACCGGGUUCGGGAAAAAAAUAGGGAUCGGGAUAAUCCCGCCGGACCCUACCUAGAAGAACACCUAUUUAUAUGUAAUUUGAAAUUAUUAAAGUUUGUAAAUUCAACAGAAAUUGAUGAACAAUUGGCUGCGGAGUUUGAACAAACGUCUAGUAACUCGUCCUACAAUACUUACUUGCCGUUCACGCGUAAUUGUUUACGUUGUGGUGAUUCAAUGCUACUGAGUAAAAAACCGAAGAACGUUACCGUGUAUAAACUGAAUGGAGUGGAAGAUGGAAGGUUAUACCAUUGUGCAUGUGAUUCAUGUGAUAUCAAAUAUUAUCCAAAUACAUUCAUUGAAGGGAAUCGAAAAUAUGUGAAUGUAAAGAGUUUAUAUCACAAACAAUUUAUUUAUUUUGGAGGACGACUGGUGUUCUCGGUAGAAUUAUUUUUAAGUGUUAGUUCGUCAUUACUGCAUCAAUAUUCUGGCUUUGAAAAUCUUGAAAAAUGUUUUGACAGUAUUGAAAUAUCAUUUUCUAUGGACCGCGAUGCUGUUUUGGAUAAUAUGAUGACCCGUUAUAAUUUAUUACAUACAGCGUUCACGGAUUUUUGGGCACAUCAUAGAAAUAUUCGUCUGUGUAAUGAAACCUGCUCGAUGGCAUUUGUUAGUGACGGAUGA